UAUGCUUACUUUCAUAUCAUCAUACGUUUACGUUUUUCAUACGCUGGCGGUGAAAAAGGCGCGUGUCCGGUAGCGUGACGGAAUAGUGAGGAUUAGUUUGAGUGCACCGAGAAUAAUUUUAAGAAAAGAAUUUAAGAGAUGUUGAAUUUUCUAUACCAUGAGGCCUGCUGGUUUGCUGUUACACUGUUAGACAAACUGACCCUAUUUGCCUCGGCUUUUCAGUUACCAUAUUUCGGUACACGGCUCCUAAAUAUUCAAUUAUUCCCUGUAAUUACAACGGCCUUUGUUACUGAGUCGCGUAAAUGGGGAACAAAUAAGGCAUCGUCACAUGACCCAUGUGCGCCUUCAGAUAGUUCCCGGAAGUGUUUAGCCAGUAAUUCGAGUGUGUGAAACUCCGUUGUAUUUUAAAUAUGCAGGAUAGAUAUUCAAAUAAUUAUUCCCCUUUCGCCUCAGCGGGCAAGUUCGGGUCCUCUACCAGAGACCUGGGAGCUCGAGGCUCCUGCGCAGUCUCUCUGCGGUUCCUAGGACUGCGCUCUUCUGCACAGAGAUCUCGGAUGUUGUUCCUGGGAUCUGCUGAAGCCACUUGCCCAGAUUCACCAGAUAUUAUUUGAGUGACACUUCUUGCCAGAUGACUGACCUCUUGCCAGUGGUGGUGGUGCAUGGAGGGGCAGGGUUUAUCCCAAAGGAGCGGUUGCAACUGUCCAUUUCAGGGGUGUGUGCAGCAGUGCGGACAGGGCACGCUAUCCUCAAGGGAGGGGGCAGCAGCAUGGAUGCUGUGGUGGAGACUGUGAUCCAGCUGGAGAAUAACCCUGCCUUCAAUGCAGGCUGUGGGUCAGUGCUGAACGUCAAAGGAGAGGUGGAGAUGGACGCCAUUGUGAUGGAUGGCAAAACACUGGCAAGCGGAGCGGUGUCCGCAGUACGCAACAUAGCUAACCCCAUCCAGCUAGCAAGACUUGUUAUGGACAAGACCAGUCAUGCGUGUCUGACAGCCGAAGGUGCUAAUCAGUUUGCUCGAUCCAUGGGGAUCGAGGAGGUCCCUCAGGAGUCCCUCAUCACUGAAUAUUCCCGCAUGCGCUGGAGGAAGAACCUUGCACCUGAUGCCAACCCUGUGGAGUCCCAAAUGGGGAAAGCAGGCACGGUUGGUGCAGUAGCAGUUGAUUUAGAGGGCAACGUAGCCUGUGCGACUUCCACUGGUGGGAUGCUGAACAAGAUGGAAGGUCGUGUGGGUGACACCCCCAUCAUAGGGUCUGGAGGCUAUGCUGACAACCAGUCAGGAGCAGUGUCCACCACAGGCCAUGGUGAGACCAUCAUGAAGAUUACACUGGCCAGACUCAUCCUGUUCCACAUGGAGCAAGGUCGGUCGGUAGAAGAUGCCAGUGACUUGGGCCUGGCCUGUAUGCAGUCCAGACUUGGGGGGCUAGGCGGGGUGGUGACAGUGGAUCCUCAGGGCCACUGGGCUGCCCGCUUCAGCAGCAAACAAAUGUCGUGGGCUGCAGCCCAGAGGGAUAUUAUGCACUAUGGCCUGUACACUGGAGAACACUUCACCCAAAGCAUCAACUGAUGGAUGUUGUUGUUGUUGUUGUUGUUGUUGUGUUUUUUUUUUUUUUUUUUUUAACUAUCAUUUUUAAGGGAGAAUACUACUUGGACAACAAAAGAAAUUCAGCACAAGUCAAACGCUAGUUUAUCCAGGUGCUAAGAUAGAUGUCAUUGUGUCUUUAAUUAAAACACAAAGCAUUAACACAAAGUGUUUUUACCUGCAAAAGGCUUACAGAGCCUAAGAAUUCUAGGCUGGAACUAAUUUCAGAUUACACUCUUAAAGCUCCUGGGGUCCGUUCUUCGUACCUCGCUAAGUAAGUUAGCUGGAUUUGAUUGUUGACGAUUUCGCGUGAUCUUGGAUCGUUCAGUUCUCCGAAGCUCAUCCGGGACUUGCUGUCAUAGCAACAG